CACGAAUUCCCAGAAAAGACUAAUAACUAGAGAAACUACAUUGCAUUCACCCAUUCAUGGAAAGAUAAUCUAACCAGCCACUCUACUCGGCUGGGAAAGCUGUCACAGCCUAGCCAGCCUCGAACCCAUAGGCCCCAAGUCUUGAGGCUUGGAGGCCGGGGUCAACUCAACAACAACCCCUUGUUUUCCUUCCCCUUCAGCCUUGAAGUAGAUCUCUUGACAGUCCUCUUCCCCGACUCCAUUCGCAAACUGCACCACCAGAAAAUCAAGUGCUGUGCCAGGCUUCCCAACAGCCACCAUGGGCGCGUGCCAAGUCCCCGCACCGUAUGUCACAGCUUGCUUGCCUGUGGCAACGAAGGCACGCAGUCCGCUGAGAUCGGGAAGUCCCCUGCCAGGGAGGGGGCGGGGAUAAGAGGCUCCUGCUAGGUCUGUGGUCGUGAGAUUCGCUGGAACUGGCAAAUCUGCGUCUGCAUCAGCGGGUGGGAGGGUAGACGCCACGAUAACAAGAUAGUGCUGAUUUUCAGGUGCCGAGAGAGGGAUAAAAGUCUGGGUUGUGAAAGGAUGGCGCUCCAAUACACGCACAGGGAAUGCGGUAGCUGGGGGUGGUGGUUGUGAUGGUGACGCGGACGAGGUUGGGAUACUGAUCCGUGAAGCACAGAUGAAGAUGUUCAUUACCGAGACCCCUGGGACGGCACUGGGAGCCUGGGGGUAGAGGUUGAUUUGGCGAGAGACAUGUUGAUAUUUAAUGGCUGAGCCUUGGUUGGCGGAGAUUCCAUCAAAGGGGAGUGAGGGUACUGAUGUGGCAGAGAAUGGGUGCAAGUCUGGUCGAGGGUUGUUGAUCACGUCCCCGAACGGAGCGAAAGCUUCCUGGGUGAGGGGUACCGCUUCGAACACCAGUUUUGGAACAGUAAGCGUGAUGUUCUUGGUUGGAGAAGGCAUAUUGAAAGAGCGAGGCGCCAGUUACCCAAUUUCGGUGAUGAAUCAGACGCGGCAACGGUGAUGUUGACGACGGUCCCGGUGUUACGGUCGGUUUAUUGUGUGGCUCCCUGGAAGUAACAGAAGAUGGUGGGGUCUGCGGCCCCCUCCGAGAGGCAUAUGGCGACAGAUCGGAGCAUUUUCUUCGUGCACCAAUACCAUCACACUAGCAUAAUCAUCCUCAAACAAGAAAACCACUUCCCAAGCAGCUCGGUAAUUAAUUUCCUUAUCGUUUACCAAGAUGCGUUGCCAAUGUCUCGUCUCUGAUUGAAGCGGCAAUGCGUGCCACACACUCUACCAAAAUAACAACUCGAGCCCGGGUUCCAAAAGACAAACAUCGGCUGUCACUCUCUCCGCACAAUACAUUUGCGGUUCACAUUAUGGGGUAAACAGACAUGGGCUCUAGACUCAUGCCGUUGUUUGUUCAGAGUAGCCAGCUCCCAAGGACCCCAUACAUCCAUGGCAAUCAUUGAGCAAGUGUCCUCACAUACUCGACAAACAUGGGCAUCUAUACAGCUGAUUCAACCAGUUCUGUAGUCUCAAAGUACAUCCGAACACCCGGGAGGGGUUUCCUAUUUUUAGCCCUCGCCAAUGAUUAUACACGGAACGGCAAUCUCACGAUUUUGCGGCUACCAAUCCCUCCCGGUCCUCAAUAUCGAGCCUCGGGGUUGGGUGGACAAGUAUUCCUGCGAGGACGUUCACCAGAGGCGUCAUCCAUCGUGCUGGCCUCACCACGGAGAGCUUUUCCGUUUGGACAAUCCACACCAGAAACCCAAGGCAAGAACUGGCCGACAGCGGUACCUGCCUCCUAUAUCUUGAAUUGGACACCACAAGUGAUCUCCAGGCCCUUGCGGCCGGUAACAGACGAGCUCGGUUAGAUUGUCCAUAUCAUCAUUACUCAUAAUGAAUAUUACAUGACAGGAGACAAAACAAGGUCUUCUGCCAGGCGCCCCUCCGCCAUGUUGCCGGACUUCACACCCAACACUCCCCAGGAUAUCCGGGUAUGUUCAGUCCCACGCAGCGGACAUAUAAUUGUCAGCUGGGAUAGGACGGCUGCUCGCAAAUAAGAGGCUAUCUGCUAAGCGGGCAUGUAUUGCAGUCACUAGGGCUGUCUUCUAACAGGCUGAAUGUAUCUGGUCCCUUGGACACAGCGGCCCUUUCCAGUAUCCCUGUCGGAAUGUCACCGAACUAGUUAAACGAUAGGAUUCGAUGGCAACGAAGUUUGAGUGGUCCCAAAGGCCCGGAUCAGGGCAAACGUUGAUAUAAGUUAACACAGCCCGAGUCCCCUUGCGUCCGCCAGGAUUGUCAGCUCUCACGGCUACUGUAAUCCAGCUCUGUUGUUCUAAAUAAGAUGGGGCAAAGCAGUUUGAAGUGUCUCUGGGCACUAUUCAUGUUUCUGGCUCUCAGCUUCGGUUCCGCGUGUACGAGCUACGGUGUUGACUAUUCCAACGGAGGCGCAUAUUACAUCGACGGCUCAUCGAACCAAUAUUUCAGUUUCGUCACUUUAUUUCAAGGAUGUGAUCAAGAGUCGAUCAGCCCGGUCCUCAUCGGGCCAGACAACAACCAAUAUGCGUGUUCAGCCAUCAGGACCGAGCAAGCCGGUGUACAAGUCACAUCGACCUGUGGCAUUCCUUUCUCGGCCAUGAAGUCAGGGAACUGGAAGAUUAUUCUAUCCGGAACCCAAGUUUCAUCACAACGCACCUUCUCGGUAACAGUCGGCACGCCUGAAACUACCUGGGUCACGGCGACACCAACCGUUGUUAUCGGCGUUACUACUACAGCAAGAGCCUCGACUGUUUUGACUACCAUUGUGCAGACUCAGACUCUGAUCAUCGUACCCCGAACCGUUACUGCAGCAUGUAGCGGACCUACCCGGACAGUCACAAGCUACCCACAAGCACCGACGGCCACAGUCAGAUCGACGGUCACCCGGACAGCAACUGAUGGGCAGAUAACAAGUGACUGGACCACCAUAGUCACAACAACAGCAAAGUGCAAUUAUCCUACCAGAAAACGAGAUGUAGCUGCGACUCCCGCCGCACAGGUCGCCGCAAUCACAUUGACAUACACACAAACCACAUAUACAGUCACCAGGACAACUACGACAACUGUUGCUGGAAGGGUGACUACCGAAACUGUCCUUCGAACUACGACAGCCACAGUCACCCCUCCGCCAUCAACGGCAUGCGUAGGAAACGCACCUGGUUCCACUGUGACUGUUAUCAGGACACAGAGCGCCGUAACCGAAACGAACGUUGUCUAUUUAACGAGCCAUCUGUCUGGCACUGUCUGGGUUGGCCAAACGCAAUACACUACAAUUUCCAACCCUGUCAGCGCUACAGCUUGUUGGAGAGCUGGUGGGUGGUAUGGAAAGUAGUAGCCUACGACAUCCACAUGAGCACUUUAGAUCCUCGUAGAGAGAUCUGCAAUCGCCUGACAAUUGUUUGCGGGCAUGUUGAAGGAUUGUGAAUAACAUUAUCCUGGCGCUUUCUGAUACGCCGCAAAGGUUGGAGCAUUCGAUAUACUUGAUCAUCGUACAACACUGGCCAUCGGAUUUUUGACGAUAAAUGUGUCCAAGUACUCAUGCACAACACUCUUCCAGUUUCAUUAUGGGGAGAAGCGUUUAGUGUUAAGGGUAUAAGUAAA